CCGAGAAUCAGUCGACAAACUGUGCUCUGCCCAACAUCUGUUCAGUAUUAAACUACAGUAUUUAUCAGUUCAAAAUUCAGUUGAGAAAACAAGAGAAGAAUAGUUCUAGCAUCAUGAUUAAGUACACACAGGUGCAGCUGCGCAAUGACUCGUAUGAGCCGGAUCUGCGCUCGGAAGGCACCUACAUUUGCCAGUUCCCGAAGCCCCCACCGCCGCCGCCCUUGGGGGACACGGGCACCUGGCAUGGCCAUCUGGAGCCGCACGAGCGUCUGUUCUACCACCAGACCAUGAACUCGGUGCGCUACAGCAAGCGUUAUCGAGCCAACCCGAACGUGCCCAAGGAUUCGCUGGACUUUCAGCUGCAGUCGCGCUACGAUCAUGGCCGUGAGUGUUUCCCGGAGAAGGUGGACGCGGUGCUGCAGCGCGAGACGUGCAUGGCGAUCUGCAGUUGGUCGGCGCCUGGCGGGGCCAAGGAGAUCGGGGCCAAGCAUCAGUCAUUUAGGGUGCUGCGCAAUACGCGCGUCAUUCGCCGCAAGCAAGACGACGUUUUGGGGCAUCCGCUACGCGUUGGUGGCUGCGUUGAGAAGAUUCAUCCGCAUAGCGUCAAGCUCAUCUGCAGCGGCGUCCACAAUCAACUGGUCAACAAUGGCUUCUCACGCCAGACCUCCGAUGGCAACUUCUUCCGUUAUUAGCUUCGCUCCUCCACCACUCAGCGAGAGAGAGAGAGGGGACCACAAUUUUGUUGUAUAACUUUAUUGAAAAUUAAAUUUUGACAAGGAAGCAGCCCCAUAAAGCAACGUCACGCCGUCGCUGCCUCCAGCUUGGGCUGCUUGGGCAGGUGUGCCUCUGCCUCCUCUAGCUCUUCAACUGCUUCCACCUGUGGCUCCGCCUGUGGCCCAGCCGCCUCCUGUGACGUUUUAUGGCGCUGCUUCUUGUUCUGGUUACGAUA